AUGGGUUGUUGUUGUGCCAAGAAAAAAUAGUCGAGGGCCACGUUACCAGAGACUUAAUAAGAGAUUAUUUAUCCAACCUUUGGUGAAGUUGAAGUUGAAGUUUAAGAAGAAGCUGGUGGUCCUGAAACAAUUGAAAAUAACUAAACUACCUAUAUUUAAGAAGUGAUGCCUUAUCAAAGUCCGAUCAAAGAAAUGCAAAAAAUAAGACCGAUACUAAUUGAAACAAAACAGAGUCAUUUCUAUUCUCAUAAAUAUCUUCCAAAGAAUUUAAGGACAGAAUAUAUAACUAAAUUUAAGGAUUUGCCAUCACCACCAGAGCAUUUAAAAGACUAGGUCAAGGAAAUUAUGAUUACUCUUAAUAUUGCCAGAGCAGGUGCAGUGUACUUUUCUAAUAAUGCUCUUGAAACCAUUAGGUCACAAAUGCAUAAAGACAAAUUCUAUAACUCCUUCUCACUUGGGAUGGUAAAAACUGAGGAGGGAUAAGAAGCAGUAGAUUCAUUGAUCAAUUGGAUAACUAAGCAGCCCAAAGCUAAAGGUCUUUAGUGGAAUCCUAAAUUAGAAAAAAUGAUUAAUGUUGAGAAGAUCAAGAACAUAGAUAUCAUAAGUAGGAGUGAAAAUGAAAUUUCAGAGAAUGAGUAAAAUAGUUUAAAACAUCGAUUGCUUGCUGAAUGCGAUUUUAUGUAUGAACAUAUAUAUGUGUUCUUCGAUUUCAUGACAAGUUUUGGCUUUGAGGUAGUUUGUAACCUCCUCAGAGAUGAUGGCAAUCCUCAGCGAUAUACCAGAUAAAUAUUAAUGUCUUCUAAGAUAGAAUACAUGGUAGCUUUUCAUGAAAUUCAUUCUACAGGCUAGCCGAUAACUUAUCUAGUUCUAGCCACAAAAGAAAUAUCAAAAGAAGAUUAUUACAAGCUGAUUAAUCCCAGAAAUAAAAUUGAAGAUGGAGAUUUUGAUAAUCCCGAUUUGACUUUGGAUGCUUCUCAAAUUAUUGAAAGUCUGAAUAGAAUAUAAUAGUCUUAGGAUGAGUUAGUUAAUGAAUUGGAUAAAAAAGUAUCGCAAAGAUAUAAUAUGCGAAAGAGUGUUACCAAGAGUAUGAUAAGUGAAAAUUUAACUGAAAGAAUAAACAGAGUCGGCAAUUUCACAAGCUAUCCAGAAUCUGUUUAUGAAAGAUAAGGAACACCUCCCAAGCUUAAGCAGGCAGACUUGAUAAAUUUGAAAGAUGAAUCAAUAUUAAUCAAUGAUGUCAAUUUUUUGGAUAAACAAAGAUCCAUAAUACCUUAGGUUGUUAAGAUUGCUGAGGAAAAACAAAAAACACCUUUGAUAGAUCUAAAACAUAAACCAGAGGCAGUGUAUAAUUAGUAAAUUUCUUAUAAAGCAUCGGACAAUUAGUCAUUCUUUAUGCCAUAAUCUGAACUACCUCAGCUUUUGAAAACAGAAACACCUUAAAUUCUUUAGCAAUCAGGCUUAAAUACAUUGAGGUACAAUCCUUAAUAAAAUUCUUCAAUUAUUACUAGUUUUUAAGAUGCUUAGCCAUCAGUUAAUCUUACACAUUAAAAACAAGGUCAAACACUGAAGUUGAAUUAAGACUUAAUUCAUAAAAAUAAUCCUCAAUAAAUUUCCAAAAAUACUACAGCAUAGUAUGGUAUUUACACCAGAAACGCUCAGUAAUAAGUGAAAAGUAGGACCUAGGACUACAAGUUGAAGCCAGAAGAUCAUUAAAAAAUAUAGAAAAAUGUUGAUGAGAUUGUGAACUUUUCGAUUAAUAUACCAAAGACAAAGUAUUAUUGA